CGAGAAUUUUACGAAUGAACAACUUACCUGACGUUUCUGAUCAAAAAAACAAUCUUUGAUUGCGAAAGCCAAAAACAAAACAAAAAAAACAACUUCAGUAGUGUUGGUCUCGGGCAAGAACAGAAGACCAAGCAGGCCCUUCCACUACUGAAUGAUAGCCAAGUUAGUCAACAUAAGUUCAUUUAGAUCCUGCAUAAGACGACCGGACCAAGAAAAAUGAAGACAACAACCGUUUGGUGUUUAGUAAUUGCUAUCUCAGUGUUAGCCGUUACCGAGUCCUCGAAAAGAAACUCCACAGAGGAAUCGCCAAGUGAAGGAAAAAGAUUUCUCUGGGGCGGACCUACCGUUCCCCCUUUUUUCGUUGGAGGCAAGCGUCCAGUUGGAAUUCCUGACAUUAAUCGAGGCACAGAAAUCCAGCAAGGAGCGCCCCCUUCUUUUGUUUCACUCUUCGAUCCAACCACAAACACUCCUUUUUACUCAGCCUACAAAGUUUUGCCCGUGCAGGCAAAGGACAUUGACAAGAAUUCGAGGCCCAGAAAUCAAAAAUGGAGGAAUCCUCCAGGUGUUCCUGGUGUCGAUGAUGCUUAUAAACAAGCCAACGUAGAAGCUCAAAACAAUUAUGGGAAUCAACUUACCAGAGGCCAUAUGAAUCCCUCAGGUAUCAACUCCUUUGACAUAAAUUUCAUGAAGGCUACUUUCACUCUUUCGAAUGCUGUACCUCAGUUUGAGGCAUCAAACAGCGGACCUUGGCAGGUUUUUGAGAAUAAGAUAAAAGAUUAUGCCAAAAUUACCUGUGGGAGCAUAACCCGCCAAGGAACACUUUACCUACUGACAGGCAGAUCCGAAAAUGGCCUUAAUGGCGUACCGAAGCCGCACCUUACGAACACAUUUCAAGUGGGACCAACAACAGUAAGACUUGAUACUCCUCGGGCUGUUUGGACGGCGGGAUGCUGUGUGUGGAAGGAGCCCGGAAAGUUCUUUGGAAAAUUAUGGCAAACUGAAAAGGCCGAGUCCUUUGCAGUGAUGAGCAACAAUCAUUACGACAGAAACCAGCUACACCAGACAGAAAUGAGCGUAAAAAACUUGGAGACGAACUUGAGGGCACCGGCAUCGAUCUCGAACGUGGAUUUGUUUCCAGGAAAUACAAAUUGUGCUCGAAACAACAAAAGACUAUAAUGAUAUAUACCAGGAAAAGGCUGUAAACAUUCGAAAGAAACUGUUCUAGAAACGAUCAUAAAAACAAAACAAAAAGAUUCGUUCCUGUCAUUAUAAGCCCCACUAAAACAUGCAAAAUCCUAAUUUAAGACGAAACAUAA